AUGGAUUCAACUGAAGAACAUAGUAUACACGAAGAAAAAUAUGUGUAUAAGAGAGAAGAAGAAGAUGGUGAAGAUGAUGAUAAUGGCGAAAAAGAAGAUGAUGAUAAUGAUGGCGAAGAAGAAGAAGAAGAUGAUGAUAAUGAUGGCGAAGAAGAAGAAGAAGAUGAUAAUGAUGACGAAGAAGAAGAAGAUGGUGAAGAUGAUGAUAAUGAUGGCGAAGAAGAAAAAGAUGAUGAUAAUGAUGGCGAAGAAGAAGAUGAAGAUAACGAUAAUGAUGGCGAAAAACAAGAUGUUGAUAAUGAUAGCGAAAAAGAAAAAAAUGAUGAUGAUGAUAGCGAAGAAGAAAAAGUUGAUGAUAAUGAUAACGAAGAAGAAAAAGAUGAUGAUAAUGUAGACGAAGAAGAAGAAGAAGAAGAUGAUGAUGAUGAUGACGAAGAAGAAAAAGAUGAUAAUAAUGAUGGCGAAGAAGAAGAAGAAGAUGAUGAUGAUGAUGGAAAAGAAGCACCGCGUGAAGUUGACAAUGAGCUCCUUGCUCUAGUUAUUCAAACGAAUAACAAACUCAAGGAGCUUGGUUACAACAGUUUAAUUAUAAACUGUAAUUCUGACAAUAUUCGUCUCAGAAAAAACACUGGUGCUAUUAACAUUGAUUUGAAGAAUGUUGGACGAGAUAUUAUUAUCCAUGAUAGCAAAUAUUGCUCAAGAAAAUGA